AUGUUGAGAAGCUUAUCGAUUUUCAGUGCAAACAUGUGUGUGCAAACAUUGUAUUACUGUAUACCUGAAGUGAGAUUGAGUGAGGGGCUCCAAACACUACAAAAUGAAUGUGACUACUCUAAGUUUCUUGAGGUUGCAAAUGAUAAAAGACAUGUGGAUGUGUAUAUUGACCAUGAUAAUGAACCUAUAUUUGAGUGGAUUCAGAAAGAAGAACCAGACGAUGAAGAUCUUGUGUAUUCAGAAGAAGAUGUCGACUCUGUUUUGGCAGAUGAUGGGAACUGUGAACAUGAAGAGGAUGAAUCAGUUACAUCAAGCAAAAGAAUCUUCAAAAGAACCUAUAAUGAUAAGUUUUUGAACAAGUUAUGUCCAGUAGUUGUUGAAGAUGAAGAUGAAAAAGGCAAUGAACUUCCAGCUGUCUACUCUAGGCAUGAUGCUACUCAGGAAUGGAGGAAGAUGAAGCCUAAACUAGCUUAA